AAUUGUUCGCGUCCAUCUCCAGACCUGGACACUUGCCGCCUAACCUCCCGCUCCGCCGCUUUCCCGGAACAACGUCGCCAUUCUUGUCUGUAAAAACCCUAAACCCUAUUUCCCUCAUCUUCCCCCACAUCCCUCCUCUGCAACUCUCUCUCUCUCUCUCUCUCUCUCUCUCCCAACAACAACAACAACAACAAGAUAGCACAUUGGUUUUGAGUUACAUCUCGGCUUUGGCUGAACAUGCCGACUCUGACGGGGAAAAGGUCGAAGAAGAGAGGUGGUGCCAAGGUACACAAGAGAGGCAACAAGAAGUACUCCAUAAACGAGGACCCCUUCUUCAGCCACCAAAAGCGGCGCCGGGUCGAGGACGACGGCAUGGAUGACGACGAUGGCGACGACGACGACGACGACGAUAUAGUAGUCAGCAGCGCCUCCGAGGAGGAAGGCGUCGCGGAAGAGGCGGAGGAGUCCGAGUUCGACAGGGAGACCGCGGACGAGAAGCGGCAGCGAGUGGCGAAGGAGUACCUGGAUAAGAUUCGGGCGAUCGCGAGGAGGGAGAAGGAAGAUGACGACGAGGGCGAGGAGGAUGAGGAGGAGGAUGAGGACGAGUUUGGGGGAAGAGUGCGGGACGGAGUCCGGGAUUCGCUCGUCUCGAAGAUUCUGCAGCAGGAGCAGCUCGAAGAGAGCGGUAGAGUCCGCCGGCAAAUUGCUUCCAGGGUUAAAAAGCCAGAGACAGUUGAUAAUUUUUGCGCCUUAGUAAAGCACCGGCAUUCGGUCACGGCCGUAGCAUUGUCUGAGGAUGACUUGAGGGGCUUUUCGGCAUCAAAGGAUGGUACCAUAUUGCAUUGGGAUGUAAGUAGUGGAAAAAGUGAAAAGUAUGCUUGGCCUAGAGAGGAUACACUGAGGUCUCAUGGAACCAAGGAUCCGCAAGGUCGAGCUAAAAAGCAUAGUAAACAUGUUUUAGCUUUGGCUGUUAGCUCAGAUGGGAGGUAUUUGGCCAGCGGAGGCCAAGAUCGCCAUGUUCAUUUGUGGGACACGCGGACACGCGAGCACAUUCAGGCUUUUCCAGGUCAUAGAGGACCGGUGUCUUGUUUAACUUAUAGGCAAGGAACUUCGGAACUUUUCUCUGGUUCUUUUGAUCGAACAAUCAAGAUGUGGAACAUGGAUGACAGAGCUUACAUUAACACCUUGUUUGGCCACCAAAGUGAAGUUCUAACUAUAGAUUGCUUAAGAAAGGAACGUGUUUUGACUGUCGGGCGUGAUCGGACAAUGCAAUUGUUUAAGAUUCCGGAGGAGACAAGAAUAGUUUUCCGAGCUCCAGCAUCAUCUUUGGAAUGCUGUUGUUUUAUUAGCAAUGAUCAAUAUCUGACCGGCUCGGAUGAUGGAAGUGUUGAGCUCUGGAGUAUGCUACGAAAGAAACCUGUUUACAUCAUUAAGAAUGCUCACCCUUUCUUCCUCAAGGACAAUAAGUUUGAUAACGGAGAUAGCGAAAAGAUCCCCAAUGGUGACGCAGAGAACUUCAAAUCCAACCCUGAAAAUACUCAGAACUCAACAGCACAUUCAUGGGUGAGUUCAAUCAGUGUGUGCAGAGGUAGUGAUCUUGCCGCCUCAGGUGCUGGAAAUGGUUACAUUCGUCUGUGGGCUGUCAAAAGCGAGACCAAUAAUAUUCAGCCCUUAUAUGACCUUCCACUGGUUGGAUUUGUCAAUUCAUUGGCAUUUGCAAAAUCUGGGGAGUUCCUUGUGGCGGGUGUUGGACAGGAACCCCGUCUAGGACGGUGGGGGCGUGUACAAGCUGCCAGUAAUGGCGUUGCCGUCCAGUCUCUCAAGCUUUUGUAAGGGCGAUCAUUGGCUCUUCAAUUUUGACUGAUAAAAGGUUGUCUUUAUCUCUGUAAUGAUUAUUCAGCUUCUUUGCUGACUUUUACUCUAUACGAGCCGUCUGUAUCCAUCGGUGUUUCAUUACAUUUUUAGAAAGAAAGAAUCAUCCAGAGAGCAAAUUUGAUGGUCUAUUAGGAAAAACUAAUGAGGGUCGCUUAGUUUUCGGGAUGUUUGGUUUGAUUUAUGCAACCAAACAGGUGGGGUCACACCUGCUUCAAGUCCAUUAUUCCACAUCAAACAGAGUUGAGAGAAGAUUAAUUCUUCUUGACGCUGUUUCUCAUCUUUGUUAACACUUCAAAUGGACAUUACAAACUUGUGUUAAGAAAAUCAACGAUUUGUCGUGGUCCU